GAGCCCGCUGGCUGUUUUCGGGGCGCGCGCUUGUCAAACAGUUUUCUCCGCUGCGAAGAAGGAGAGAAUAGACAACUCCACAGUGAUUUUUGCCAAGCUGAUCCGCAAUUCUGAGGACGAAGAGGACGGGAUAAGAUGAGAAACUGCCUGGGAGUGUUGCUUUUGACGACUCUCCUCAUCACUUUCCUAACAGUCACCCACGCCUAUGCGAUGCGUGGUUUCUCCUUAGCUGACAGCUCUGCAUACCAGGAACCUACCUACGACAUCCUUGCAAAGUACCUCAUGUCCACCAAAAAAAGGAGUUGCAUCCGCAGAGGGGGUAGCUGCGAUCACCGACCCAGUGAUUGCUGCUUCAGCUCUUCGUGCCGCUGCAACCUGUGGGGCACCAACUGUAGGUGCCAGAGGAUGGGACUCUUCCAGAAAUGGGGGAAGUGAAAAUAACAAUCAGUCGUUUCUUACCUUCUCCAUGACCCUCCCUUUCCCAUUCCACAAGUGAAUCGUCACCCCUCACUCUGUGUAACAACCUUGGCUGAAUAUUAAAAUUGGUUCCCUUUCAAAACUAUUUUUCCAGAAGGGUGUCUCUUUUUUAACAAAAGACUGGAAUUUUAUUUUAUGAUAUUUGUACCUUGUAGAGAAUGCAGUUGACAGAGUACUCUCUCGAUCCACAAACAUCAACAUAUCUUUGACUUAUUUCUUGGUAUCUAUCUCAUUGUAUGAAAUUUCCUUCUUCAGUGUGUCGAAAAAAAUUAUUUGUUUAUUAUUUCUUUUACUAUUUCAAUAAACUUAGCAAUUUGAUGAGCUUUGGAA